GAGGCCACGAUUUACGAGGAGCUUCAGAUGCUACAAGGUCACUUCGUUCCCGAACUGAAGCUAGCUGGGAUCAUGGACGGAAUGGAGAUGGUUUUAGUAACAGAGUUCACUGGGAGCGACCUCUGCAAUAAGCAUUUGGAUGCAUCUGAUCGAGACAAGAUCCGCGGAGCACUCUCAGCGAUCCACGAUUUGGGUGUCCUGCACGGUGAUAUUCGACCAGAUAACAUUACAGCAAGACUUGAUGGGCAGGAUUCGCGUUCUUUUUUAUAG